AUGGAGGAUCUUUGCAACCUUGAUAGUUUUUGGGGGCAAAAAUCAGAUGCCACUGGAAAAAUUGGAUUGCUUCCCGAACAAAAAAUGACAGGUGCCCUGAGAAUGCUUGCGUACGGUGCAGCUGCUGAUCAAUGUGAUGAAAUCACUAGAAUGGGAGCUUCUACAGCGCUAAAAUGUCUGAAGAAGUUCUGUAGGCAAGUCGAGUUUCUUUACUCUGGGUGGUUCCUUCGUCCUCCAAAUUCUGCUGACUUAUAUAGGCUUCUCAAUAGAGGACAACGCCGUGGGUUUCCAGGAAUGAUUGGGAGCAUCGAUUGCAUGCAUUGGGAGGGGAAGAAUUGCCCAACUGGAUGGACUGGAGCUUUCUCGGGUCGAAAGGGUAGACCAACUAUUAUUCUUGAAGCUGUGGCGUCUUACGAUACGCAUAUAUGA